CGCUAUUUGAGUGUGAACAUGCAGCGUGUUUGUCUCUUCUGGCGUCUGAAGCGAAAAUAUAUUCGGAUAUUAUCAAGAUAACGUCUGGACAUCUCACUUACAAAUGAUGGAGCAUGUCAGGUGACAUCGAAAAAAUGGCACCACCACCCCCACCCCCGCCUCCACCGCCUCCCCCUCCUCCUCCACCACCCCCUGCCCUCUUCCCUGGUGGAGGCCCGUUUCAAAGAGGGCCGACACGGGCAUCUAAAAUGCGUAACUUUAAUUGGGACGCCAUACCUAAGGACAAUGUGCUUGGCACACAUAACAUAUGGACAGACAAAACUAAAAGAGAUUUUGAUCUGGACACCAAACAUAUGGAGGAGCUCUUCAGCCACAAUGACCAGAACAAGGUACUGGCCACCAAUCGACGGAGUAUACGACAAUCCCCUACCAACGCCACAGGACCUGAAGUGGUGUCCAUUCUAAACUCCAAGAAGAACAUGAACAUUGGCAUUUUUCUUAAGCAGUUCAGAAGGUCAGUGAAUGAAAUGAUUGAAGACAUCACCAACGGUAAAGGAGAAGGAUUUGGUUCUGGAAAACUAAAGGAGUUGUGCAAACUGCUGCCAGAGGAGGGAGAGGUGCGGCAGCUUCUUGAUUUUAAAGGAGACCAUUCAACUCUCUCAGAGGUGGAUCGCUUCAUGGUUCAACUUGUCAGAGUUCCAUGCUAUGAGGAACGGCUAAACUGUUUAGUCCUGAAAGAGGAAUUCCCUCAUUAUAUGGAUGAGGUGAAUGAUUCUAUCGCCAUCAUGACUGUGGCCGGAAGAGAGCUUUUGGAAUGCGUUGCUCUACAUUCAGUCAUCCGACUGGUUUUGAAGACAGGAAACUACAUGAACUCUGGGGGGUAUGCCGGCAGUGCUGUGGGAUUUCGCAUGACUUCUCUCCUGAAAUUAGCGGAUACUAAAGCCAACAAGCCUGGGAUGAACCUAAUGCACUAUGUUGUUACGCAAGCUCAGAAGAUAGAUGCGUCUUUGUUGAAGUUCCCAGAACAACUUGGGCACAUUGGUGAUGCAGCACGGAUACAUAAACAGGAAAUAGAGGCUGACUUUCAAAAGGAAAUGAGCAAAGUUCAGGUGUCGAAACAGAAUGCUGGUAAACAGCCAGAUCUGGAAGAACAGAUGAGUGAUUUUUUGCAGGAUGUAGAUACAAGGAUAAAGGAAACUGAGGCCUCCUUUAAGAAUCUGGAUGCUGUUAGUGACUCUGUGGCAGAGUAUUUCUGUGAGGAUCCAUCCCAGUUUAAACUAGAAGAGUGUUUCUCCAUUUUCUCCUCCUUCUGUGAGAAGUUCAAAAGGGCAGUUCAGGAGAACCUUGAACAAGAAACGGUGGAGGUAAAGCGCAGGCAGAGGGAGCAUGCCCACUGUGCCACCAAGCGACGCUCCACGGCCACCUGCUCCACCAAAGACAUGGAAGGAGUUGCGCUGGAGUCUGUCCUGAAUGGGCUCCUAAACAAUCGCGGAUCCCGCCGGAGAGCCGGGACUGCCUCACCCGCACGGACCAGUCUUGCCGAGAUCACCUCGCAGGAAAACUGCUCCGCCAAGAGCAAAGAAGUCAAAAGGAAUACCUGGACUAAACCUUCCUUUCAAUCCUCAUUGGCUACGGAGAACCUGAAUAAAAGUGCUAGAGAAGAUGAGCCACCCAAGAAACCAGAGACCAGAAGCUCUGGUCGUCUGUGGAAAAGGGACGGUGCCAGCCGAGUCUCGGUGACUAUGGAACAGGAUGAAGAAAACACCCAGACCGAGGAAGAGGUUCAGAAUAUGAGAGAGAUGACACGUAAGGUACUGCGAUACCAGUCGAGUCGGGGUAGCAUUUCUUCUGGUGAGGCCCUCUCGCCGGUCCAGUCUCCCAGACAGACGGUUUUCCAAGAAGACAAAGAGUUGUUGAUCAUGGCUAUAGAGGAAAACACUACUCAAUCCACCAUUAAGCCCAUGCCUCUUCUGCAGAACCAAAACCUUGGCCGCAGGCACACUAUCGCGUUCCCAGAGGCCAGUUGUGUAAAUAUCAGUAUGGAGGAUAUAUUUGUUCCCUGUAAACUAAACGGAUCUCCGGCUCCCCCUAUUGGUAGUAUUGGUAAAAUGAAGUCUGUGGACUGCAACAUGCUCACCACACAACAAUGCAUGACAGAAACAGUUAAAGACUCCAUCGCAAAGUUAUUAAAUUCUCAAGAGCUGUCUACGUUUGACUCAUCACAGUUGCAAUCUGCUGAGAUUUCACAAUCUCAGUCUGCUGAUGAAACACAAUUGUCACAAUCAACUGAUUUAGAGACAGAGACCGAACACUGGCCUGGUAAUGAGAAGACAAUAAAUAACCAGACCACGUCACCUAAAAACGCCAAAGAGACCUUCAGUUUUUUGUCUUUUUUUAAGCGUUGGCGUGAUAAGGAAAAGUCCAUCAGUAGAGAGCUAACAGAGGUUGAUUCUGAUAGCGUGGACCCAUGAAGGUGCGUUGUGACGUCUUUUUGGGAAUAAAGCUUGGUACUUUAUCUGUAUUUUCUUUGUGAAAAACAAAAUGGAUAUUCAUUUACAUUUCUGCCUACUGUAUGAACCACACUGCGCAGAUUGAAAAGACAAAAUAACACAAGCAUCUAAAAAUUAGAUUAGACCUGUCUACAGGUUUAUGAUGUAAGGAAUCUAAGGGUCGGCUAGACAGUUGGGGGUGGAGUUUUUGAGGUGCAUCAAGCUAAUGUUGUGUGUCCCCUUGUGCCAGAUCAAACUACUUCGAAAUUUGUAAUAAACUUCAAAUUUACCUGCAAUUCACCAUAUGCCGCACAAGGGGGCAGCACAUAACACAGCUUUCUAUUGUGUAACCAUACACAACAUAGACAGAGUAUGUGUCUUAUAACUCAUUUUACUGGUUCCUUGCUAUGUACUAUGUGUCAGACACAGCUAUUUAAAAAAAACAUUUUAAUUUUGUUUACUCUCAUUAGGUCCGGGCAGGUUUGUAGAGCACAAAACAAAUCAAUUGCCAGCUAGCUCAUUCCAUGCCAUGUUUCUGAAAAUUGUCUACAUGAUCAUCAUAGGCUUGCAGUUCUGUAUCGUAUGAUAAAAAACACUGUGGACUAAAACACUCAAUUGCAUGACAAAAAUGGGAAAUAGAGAGUUUUUUAUUUACAGUAGUUUGUGUUUUUGAAGGUCCAUGAAAUUAAACAAGGCCAUUCCAUGGAAGAAGCUGGUUUGACUGUGCAUCUGCUCUCAAUGUGGGGAUGCCAGAAAUGUGGAGUUGCUCACACAAAAAAAGUGAAUUUUAUGCUGUUCCUUUAUAUGUACAUGCUACAGCCUUUAUAAGCAUGCCCACAAUAAAAGUUUCUGUUCAACUUGAUGUGGUAAUGGUCUAAAAAGUGCCUAAAAAAGGGUUUUAGUCUACGAGCAAAUCUGGUGAUCUUCUGGUCUAAUGAAGAACAAUGAGAAGCAAAAGAGGGUUAUCCCUGAUAGAGACAUUGAGAGCAUAGUUAAUGAGAAUAGAUAACGUCAGAGGAUCCCGAAAGGCCUGCCUCAGGUGGUUUACAGUCUAAAAGCCCACCUAGACUUCAUC